GGAAGUUGUCAAACCGACAUUGCUCCUCUCGAAAACAAAAGGAGAAAAAGAAAAAGAAUUCGGAUAAAGGUCGAAACCUCGAUUCCAAGCUCUAAAGUCUAAACCCGUCUCCGGUCUCCCCUCCGGCCGUCUCGCCCGACCGGAGCGCAGCGCAGGCCAGGCGGGCGGACGACGUGCGCCCCUCGGGAUCGCCGCUCCCCCCGCGCGCCAAAGUUUCCGUCCGGCGACUGCAAGGCCGCCCAAGCCAAGAGGGGUUUCUUUGCUGGCCUUAGCCCUUGACUUUCCCUGAGACAGCAUGCCUAAAAUAAAGACAAGCCGUGUCAAAUAUCCAGAAGGAUGGGAACUUAUUGAACCAACAAUCCGUGAUUUGGAUGCCAAGAUGAGGGAAGCUGAAAAUGACACACAUGAUGGGAAGAGAAAGUGUGAAGCCCUCUGGCCAAUUUUCCGUAUUUCCCAUCAAAGAAGUCGGUACAUAUAUGAUCUUUAUUAUAGAAGGAAAGAAAUAUCAAAAGAGUUGUACGAGUUUUGCCUGGACCAGGGUUAUGCAGACCGUAAUUUGAUUGCAAAGUGGAAAAAGCCAGGUUAUGAGCGCCUUUGCUGUCUUCGAUGUAUACAGACACGAGACCACAACUUUGCAACUACUUGUGUCUGCCGGGUCCCCAAGCAUCUCAGGGAGGAGAAGGUUAUAGAAUGUGUUCACUGCGGAUGCAGGGGCUGUGCCAGCGGUGACUGAUAUUGUCAUUAUCUUGUUGGUUGGUGAAUCUUUCAAACUAAUCACAUAAUAUGUUUCGUGAACGCAAUUUCGGACAAAAACAAGCACCUUGUAAUCAGUUUGGCGGAAAUGUGUUUUGUAAACCUGCCUAUCGGGUAUGACAUUACUUCAAUACUGGUACUACCUGAGAAUGUGGUUUCGGUAGGCAUUAAUCUACCAUGCAGAGUCGUUGCUUUGUCA